GGCAAAAAUUUAGUUGGUUUGCAUCAACUCGGCACUGAGAUAUUGGAUACCGGUACCAUAAUCAAAUAGGGCGUUACAUAAAGCUGGCUGGUGACGACUGUGAUUCUUUUCUGUACUUGUCGACGAAAGUGACUGUUUUCGAACCACUUGGCACACUUAACAGUGUUUACUUUGACGAUGCCCGGAAACACAUAUUUACUCUCAGGUGUCGUGGUACGAUGGGUGUCAAUGUCAAAUCUGUUGAUAAUGAUUUGGUUUUGAAUUUUCGCAUAGAUGAUCAAGGCGAAGUUUUGAGCAUCAAGUUUUCUGAGAAUAACAGAAUCUUAGGAAUUCAGCGAACUCAUCGAUCAGUUGAUUUUUUAAAUUUUCAAGCCAACUGUCCCGGUGGUCUACAGUAUUCUCAAGAAUGCAAGAACAAAUCAGCAUUGCUUCUGGGAUUUGUGUGGUGUUCCAACUAUGAGGUCCUUUUUGUCACAAACGAACAACUGGAGUUAUAUCAAGCAUUACCUGAGAAGAAUAUUCUACGCUUGAAUAGUUGUUUACCUCUCAACACAUGCUGGUUUUUAUGGAACCCAGAGACUCAUAUUUGUAUCACUUCAGACCCAGAGAAGAAACUACAUAUGUUUCAGCUAAAGACACCCGGCACAAUUACAAAAGGACCAAAGUUCCUGUCUCCUACAUCGGUAGGGGCCAAUGGUGAUACCACAUCGAUUGAACAGAAACACUGUUUUUUAACUCUAUUAUAUGACGAUUUGUACUUUUGUACUAUUCGCUACGUAAAGCUAUAUAACGAACAAAAUCUUACCCGAACAAUUAGUUUUUAUACUUUAAAAAUAGAAGGUCCUAUUGCAUUGGCACACCUUGUAAUUUUAGAUUAUCAGGGUCCUGUGUCAUUUAGUGUAUUGGAUAACCUGUUCAUGGUACACUAUCAGAGCAGAAAGGUUACGUCAGUUUUUGAUAUCGCCCUUAAUGGAACUGUUCACAAUGUAAUUCAUCAUACACCUAUAUUACGUGAUAUUUCAAUUGCACCAUUCAAUCUUUUCAGUAAAAUCAUUCCCUCAUUAUCAGCAAACUUGGAUGCUCAAAUUCCUAUUGAUUUAUAUUCAGCGAAUUGGAUUAUUCAUUUGUGUGGUGUCGUAAUUGACAACAGUCUUGGUUGCUCAUGGUUGUUAUGUGUAAAUAAUAUGGUUUUUCCAAAAAUAGUUGCUAAUCACAACCUAGUUGUGGAUUUUCUACUUCAUCGAUCCAGUGGCAAAAGUGUACUGUUAGAGUACUGCUCUAAAUUGGUGGUAGACAGUAUCGAAGAGGUUACUGCCAAUGUUGACAAACCUGUGAACUACAAAUUCGAUGGGUAUGGGUUGAAUCAACGACUAGAUCAGUUUGCAUUCGUCUUUAAACGGAUUUGCGAAGUGAGCUACUGUGGGACAAACGUCACGAGUAAAUUGCUCUCUGAUUCUGAUCGUAAAGCGCCAAGUGCUUCGGCACCAUCAUGCCAUUGUUCUACAGUUAAGACAAUAUCCAAAGGCUUAUAUGCGGGUUCAUUAACCUUCUACAUCAUUUCCCAAUCUGAAAUAUAUUCACAUUUAUUUCUAAAGAACCAAGGUGUUGAGAGACUAGAAGUCCGUAAAUUGUUUCGCUCCAUACUGAUUGAAUAUAUUCGCAUAUUUUCGGAGCACGAUAUUUGUGUGGAUGUGAGUAUCGCCAAUUUUUAGUGUUAUAACUACAUUAGUUUAUUCUAGCUAAGCUUGUUAGUUGUACAAUAUAGAAUUAUGCUAAAUGGAGACAAGCAGUAAGAAAAAGUGACUACAGCUUUAUUUACAAUAUUUGUAUCGUUAGAUUAAUAUAUAAUUAUGUCUCGAAUGGACCCAUAUUUGCUGUUUAUAAAAACUUAUGUUUACAUCCAGUGUUUUAGACUGAUUCUUAAUAAAUAAUUGAUGAUAACAUCUGUCAGUGGUCUGUUAUCAACAUUCUAAUAAAAGGAUUAACCAUUCUUUGGAUAGAAAGAGAUAUAUAAGUUUUCCAUGGGAUACGCUGGUACAUUUACUGCAAAUUUUCUCGCUUCACAGAGUUUUUAUCUCACUAUUUCGGAUUUGCCAACGUUGACUGUUCGUAUACGAAAAGUAGGAAUUUUGGGAAAGAUACUAAAAGGUUUUGUUACCUUUGCUCACUAUGACUGGGUAGUCCAACCAAAUAGUAUUUCCUAAGACUUUCUUCAAUAUCAUCCAGUCAUCAUUCCAAGCUGUUUUUUUUAUCAAUACAUACCAAUAUGAUGUGUUUCAUGUGUACUGUUCAUUUUAAACCGAAAUCAAGAGAAAAAGUACACCCUUGUUAUGCUUGUUGCGAAAUGAUUAAUAGCAAAAUAAGGCUAAAACUCUUUUUGGAGUUUAUAUUAUGUCAAUUUAAGUUGUCUACUUCUAAAAACUACUAGGAAUAAGAUGCAUCGAACAGUUGUUUAGCUUUUUCCUCUAAAUCCUCGUUUUUGUCACCUCACAGGAUUUCUCAAGAGACAAACAAACCCUGCAUUGGUCACGUUCAGUUUACUCAAUAGGAUCUAAAUAUCUACAUUUACCAGUUCCACACGUUUUGUCACACACCUUCUGUGUAUUUUCGGAUUGUGACUAGCAGUGGAGUCCAGGGUGCACAUCUUACCCUGUCUAUGACAUGUUCGUUAUAUGGAUAAACUGGCAUCUUGGUUUUGACGUGCACAUUAAAAUUCGGAUUAAAUAUCUAUCUACUAACUGACGAGUCCAAACUUGGAAAGAAUGUACAUCACUGAUCCCACUGCCAAUCACAACCGAAAAACAUAUCAUAAACGUACAUAUAUAUGCAAUACUGGAGUAUCCGUGUAUGGUGCAUAUGUGCUAACGGAGAUUGCUGUGAUGAAAUUCGGAAUGUGAACAACUGAAAAACAUUGAUCUCUAAAAAUUCGUCACAUAAUUUGUCACUAUUAUAACGUAUUAUGAUAUGAACGUGAAUAAUCGACAAUGAUACUUUUCAAUCUGCAUUAGUUAUUGUUAUAAUUCCUCUCAUUACAACCCAGGUAUUCCUAUUGCUUAGUAUCCUUGAACACCAAUUCACUCGACAGGUCCCCAAAUCAGAACACGGUUGAAUAGGAAAGAAAUUAUAUUCCGAAUAACAAGAGUAGAUGGGAGCAAGAAGCACAAUAAGAGACGUUAGUAUAUUUAUAGUUUUUACAUAAGAAGAUUCUAGAGUGUUCUCCAAGUAUCGACUAGCGCUGAUUGGAUGAGAAUUAGCCAUCGUGCAUGGGACAUGCUUCAAUCCAAUCUAUGUCCCGUUAACAGUUAUGUGUUUUGUCUAUCUUAAAUUCCACGCCAGGUAUUUUAAAGUUAAAGUGACCUUUGCACUUCAAAAUUGUCGUCACAUGAUGAGAUGGUUCUGCACUUUUUUCAUAUCUAAACCUUUAUUGACGUUUUUCGAAUUAAUUUCUUUUCAGCAUUGUUUCUACGAAAUGCUCGUCAAUCUCACUGUCAGAAUGGGGGAUUAUACACAACUCAGUUUUUAUAUUCAAAGUCGUUUACUUGCAGAUUCAAAGGCUACCGUAAUACCUUAUCUUAUAAAAAUGAGAACUUGGUUGUUUUUGGUUUGUUGCAAUUUAUUCGUAAACAGUUAACUGAUUCUAGCAAUUUACUAUUUCUUCUAAUACGUAGUGGUGGUUCAUUCAAAAUUCUAUUUGUUUAUUUUCUUGGUAACCACUGUUUGUAAUUUUAGUUCUAACUUACGGUUGAUUAAUCUGCACUUGUUGUAUCGUAGAGAACACUGAACUGUUGUUAGUAAUCGCUUAUCGUAGCUCUUAGUUAAUGAGAGGAAAUUCACAAUAGUUAGAUUCAGUUCUCCAUAUUCAUAUCUUUAGUUUUUUCAAUCAGAACGUUUGUUGAUUCCGUAUAUCUAUGCAAGGGUUAGCAAUUUUUUAUUAAAAUUGACCAUAUAUUGUUAUCUAGUGUAUGGCUUUUUCUAGGCACUUCAACUGCUUUCUUUGGAAAGUAUAUAUCCCGCAGCAGGACAACUUGGUAUUGAUAUGCUAAAGGUAGGCCACCAUUCCACUUUUCGAUUACAUGAUUUGAAGUCGAUAGCUAUUGUAUGUUGAAAUUUUAAAAAAAUAACAAUAGAGGUUCACGACUCAUUUCGACUUAAAAUCUUUAGUACUCUCCUCUAAAAAUGAUGAAGCACUGAUCCAAUGAUGAUCUUUUGAUAAUGCCACUAUUAACCAAUUAGCAAUAAUAGUUACUCUCAUUCUCGAAUUUAUUUCACGCUAAUGAUAACAGUCUGCUUACCUCAAACUGAAUGUCAAUCAGAAAGCUGUAAACAACUGACUGAUAACUUUGUACUGUUUUGUUCAGUCUGAAUAAAACGUAGGUAAUUAUUAAUUAUUGUUUGUUAAAAAAUAUCUAGGGUAGCAGCCAAAAAAUAUGCCUUUACCUAAAAUUAACUGAUCACUGUUAUCACUAAAGUUUAUUUCAAGAAUUAUUAUAAAAAUAUUUGUUGGUAAAAUACAAUAAUUUCUGACGGAUAAACAAGUUUAGUCAAUUUACACUUUCUGAGCAGAAUGGUUCAAUCGUAAAGUUUACAUUGCAUUAGGUUCACUGGAAUAAUACAUCAGGAGUCAAUCAAAAUAUGGAAAUCUCCUAGCUUCUCGAAAAUCUAUAAAUGUAUUUGGUACUACAGUAAACAAUAACUAGUUUACGUAAUACUCAAGAUGAUAAAGUCAGCAAAACAUUUAGUACUCAGUAGAAACAAGGGUAGAAAUAUGACGAAUUCAAUAUAGCUGGAAGUAUACAAAACCCACAAACCAAUCGUAAAGUAGUUAAUUUGCAACCAACGAAUGAUAUAUUAGGAAGAAAUUUGUUCGUCGCUAAUAAUAUUGUUUUAGUGCACAUAUGUAAUACAUUGUUUAACUUGACAAACUUCAAAAGAAAUUGGACUGUUAGAAUUAGCUCACUAAUGACUUGUUCCAUCGACAUUGAACUUGGUUGGCUAUUGUCAAACUUUGUCAUAUGAUUGUUGGUAUAUUUUUAUUAAUAGUGUUGUAAUUGCUUAUGUAUGUAACGAUCGCUACUGGAAUUCUGACUUGAGAUUUUAAGAUCGAAUUUCUAUGCCAGUACGAAAUUCAUAUCGUAUUUAAAUUCUUAAACACAGAUUGUUAUGAAAUGUUGAACAAUUAGAUUGUCCCAAUGAUAAAAAUUACUUGUAUUAGCUGUUGAAUAUUUUAAUUUCUCUUUAUAUCUCUGUGUUUAUUUUCACUAAUCUUUUUAUUAGAGAUUGAAUACAUGCAACAGUGAAUUGUUCGAUGCAUUACUAAUAAAAGGACGGCCAUUAGAGGCAUUAAGAUUUGCUAGGCUGCAUCGCUCAGAAAAUAUCAUUGACAUGGAGAAUGUUCGCAAUUAUCUGGAUGCUAUCCAAGAAAUCGAAGAUUAUAUGGAAUUGUAUUGUAAUCACCAUUUUCUUAAAGAAAAUUCAAUGUGUAUGGAGUCUUAUUGGAAUUCAGAUGAAUGCCGUAAAUAUUGUACCGAACACUUUAGUGACCUGUUUCCGUCCACUUAAUUUGAACUAUAAUUUCAUAUAAAAGAAAAUGGAUGUCUUAAUACUUAUUACGUGAUCCCUAUAUAGCUGUCUCUUUUUACUCUUUUCUUUUGUUUCAUUUUUGUAAGUGUACUGCACCAUGAUGCACCUAAUAAAGUAUACGUUGUGUUGAAUUUGUAAAUUAAUAAACAUAUGUUUCGGUCGCUUCAAUAUGCCAUAAUAUAACAUUUACCAUAUUAAAGAAAUAUGCUUUUGUUGAAGUAAUGUGUAUGCUUGUUGACGAGUCUCUAUGAUGCUUAAAUAAAUCAAUGACUUCUUUGUAUUGAUGACUGUUGUAAUUUUGAAUUCCAAAUACAAUACAUUCGUUCAGGCUC